AACUACCAAAACACCGAAUGUCUUGCUCAUUUCAUAGUCUUGAGUGUUACUCUAUUCAAUAUAAGUCUUUUUUUAUUUCUAUUGUAAAUUAACCCUUUAUAACACUUAGAGUUCAUGUGUACAAUACCUAGUUCAAUAGAAUAAUGGAAACUAAAACGUUAAUGCUACCGUCGCCGAGCUCAAUCAAUCAGAUUUAUACCGAGUUGGGUACAUCUGAAACAAAAUUGGAUCUUGACGUGAAAAUUCUCAAAGAGUGGAUGCGAAAACAGCCCCACCUCCCGAAUCCAGACGAUGAUGAAAAGAUAAUCGAUGAAAAGCGACUCAAAACAUUUCUGUUGAUUUGUAAGAAUAGUUUGGAGAAAACCAAAGUAAUGUUGGACCAGCAUUACACUAUAAAACUCUCAGCACCAGAAUAUUUUUCCAAGUGGGAUCCGACAUCACCAGAGAUAGUUAAAAUAAUGAAAUUAUUUUGUUACGUCCCAUUUCCAAACCCGACACACGAGGGCCACAGAGUUAUCCUACAUCGUAUUAAGACGGAAGAUGCAAACAAUUUUGUAUAUGAUGAUCACAUUAAAUUAAUUUUUAUGUCAUUAGAUAUUAGAGUCGCCAAGUUAGACACCUAUAACAAAGAAAUAAUCUUAUAUGAUUGCAACAAUUUGUCAAUGAAUCAUGUAGCAGCAAUAAUACCCAAUAUUAAGAAAGUUUUUGAAAGUGUAUUUGCGGCAUUUCCAUUACGGUUACAUGGCAUUCACAUAAUCAAUACAAACAGUUUUGUAAACCCAUUAAUUAAUCUAUCAUUAAGUAUUAUGAAAAAAAAAGUUGCCGGAAGGGUGAUUAAUCACAAAUCCAUCGAAGAAUUGAAAAAUUACAUCGAUCCUAGUGUUCUUCCACUGGACUACGGAGGGACUUAUCCAAAGACGUCUGACGAAAUAAUAGAUGACUGGCAUAUUGAAUUGAAGAAGCACCGAGAAUGGUUUAUAACACAAUCGUCAAUUGUUGCAGAUAAUAGUAAACGCCCGAUAAAUUCCAAUAAUCACUUGGAUAACGCAAUGGAAGGUUCAUUUAGGAAAUUAGAUGUCGAUUAGUAACGAUUCAUUGUCAGUGAAAAUAAAUAAGCUUAUUCUUAAGGGAACAUCAUGCGUUAUAGUUGUACAUGCAUGAUGUUAUUUUGGCAAUAGAUUUAUUUUGGUGUACUUAAAUUUUAAAUUUUUCUGGUGAAAGAGUAUUUUGUUAUUCUAAAAUAAUAGUGUAAUUUUAUGUGGUGUAACAAAUUAUGUGUUGGGUUAAUCAAAGGUAUAUCAAAUAGUGUAUGCACCAUAUAAGAGUAGGUAUUUUUUCACACAACG